CCAUGUCAUUCCAGGACAGGGAAACUCCCUGUCGCUAGAUAAUUUUUCACUCCGUUUCCUUGAGCCCCAUCCCAUCAGAACGGACCCUUUGUCUUGCCAGCACCAUGACGGCUCCGUCCCGACACAUGGCAUGUCGAACUUGCCGGGAACGCAAAGUCCGCUGCGAUGGUGGACAGCCGUCGUGCGAGACAUGUAAGCGGCAUGGGGAGAAAUGUGUUUAUGUGCAGUCUGCUCGGCAAACGAAGAACGAUCUCCUCGCCAAAAUUGACAACUUGCAAGAGCGUCUAGGUGGGUAGAUGUGGUUGUCGGGAGCGAGGUGAAACCUAAACUAGCCCGAGCAGAGGCAAAGCUGAACUGUUCAUCAUCUGUAUCUUGUCC